AUGGCACAGAAGACGCCUCCGCCGACAAAGGGCCGCGCAGCCGCCGCUACCACCAAAAAACGGGGCGGCGCAUCGGCCGAGCAGAUAUUGGAAGAUGUCGCCGGCACAAACAGGGAGAGGAAUGCUAAAACGACGGGAGGAAGUAGGGAGCAGACGGAUGAGUCGCCGGAGCAGAACACCCAGAAACAACAAAAUAGCGGCAAGAAGGCCGGCGGAGUCUCGGGUCAGACGAAGAAGAAGACGGCAAGAGCUGUCGCCAAGACCAUCCCUUCCAAUGCCGCCAUCGACAAGUUUGUCCAGCACAUCGAAAAGGUCACACCCACCGGAAUGCUCGAAGAAUUCGACGCCAACAAGACCUAUCUGCCGUCCGUCAUGAAGUGCGAAGCGGCGAACAAAAACCCGGAGAAGAACAAAUUUAAGGAUGUAAUGUGCCUGGAUGCUACGCGUGUCGUCCUUCGAAACGACUUUGGCAACUACACAUCGGCAGAUGGCGACUAUAUCCACGCAAACUGGGUGACGGCCGACGAUCUGGAGCGGAAAUACAUCGCCACUCAAGGACCACUGCCAAGCACUAUCGAAGACUUUUGGAGGAUGACUUUUCAGGAGAAUGCCACCAGCGUCAUCUGCCUCGGCAUCGCUAGCGACAAAGCUGGCUUCGCGGAGUACUGGCCACAGAAAGCCGGUGAAUUCAAGAACCACGGCAAGAUGUUCGUCAACAACAAGAAGGUCGAAACCGAGGCCAAAGCUCAACUCACCAUCUACACGCUGGAGGUGCUGCCGGACGGGUGCUCGAACUCGAACGUCAUCAAGCUGAUCCACUGCCCAGGAUGGGCCGAUCAGAGCGCCGCCUCUUCCGGUCACUCGGCCAUUAGCAUUUUGCGGUUGAUGAAGGAAAGCGGCUCGGGAACUACGAUCGUCCACUGUUCGGCUGGUAUCGGCCGUACUGGCACCCUGAUUGCCAUCGACAUGAUCACCACUCGUCUCUUCAAAAAUAAAGAAGUGACGGUGGUCGACGUCUUCAAGGAGUUGCGCAAUUGCCGAGCCAGCGCCAUCCAAACGGCCCCCCAGUAUCUGUUCAUCUACAGCACCGUCCUCGACUACAUCAGGGCGAAGGUCGGCGUCAAGUUCGAAGCGGCUCGCAGAAAUUUCUACACGCAGCUCGAGAAAUUGAUU